AUGACAAUUAGUACGAUGCGUGGCUUUGCCAGCGGUAUCGCGAGCCACACCUAUGCCGGAUUUCGACGCGCUUUCACCGGUAUUGCGCGCCGUGGUAUUCGUCCAACCACGGUGCGUGGCACGCGCGCGAUCGCAACGGCUGCGGAUCUCCUGAAGGACAGCAAGAUAAUCACCAACGUUGUCAACCAGCCUCCUUGCGAAGUCACCACACUGAAGAAUGGGCUCAGAGUUGCUUCCGUAUGGAUGCCCGGGAACUCUACUACCGUAGGUGUUUGGAUCGACAGUGGAAGCCGAUUCGAGACUCCAGAAACCAAUGGCGCCGCUCACUUCCUAGAGCAUAUGAUUUUUAAGGGAACCACCAACAGGUCACGAUUACAACUCGAGGAAGAGAUAGAACAGAAAGGUGCCCAUCUCAAUGCUUACACCGCAAGGGAACAGACAGGGUACUAUGCUAGGUGUUUUAACAGGGACGUGCCUUGGUGCACAGAGCUACUCAGCGAUAUUUUGCAAAACAGCCUCAUCGAUCCCUUGCAAGUGGAAGCAGAGAAACAUGUCAUACUUAGAGAAAUGGAAGAAGUAGAAAAAUCAACCGAAGAGGUUAUAUUCGACAGGUUGCACAUGACGGCUUUUCGCGACAGCUCGCUUGGAUUCACUAUCUUGGGGCCUGUUGAAAACAUACAAAACAUGAGACGCGAGUUUCUAGUGGAUUAUAUACAGAAGAACUACACUGCAGAUCGCAUGGUAAGCGCAAGAAAAUCUGGACACAGCUCGACACAGGUAUUCUGCUGCGUCGGAAAUGUGGAGCACGACAAAAUCGUACAACUCGCCGAGAAACAUCUCUGCACCAUCCCACCCGGGAAAGGUGGAAAAUAUCUAGAAAAGCCACAGUUCGUGGGAUCGGAAUUGCUCAACAGGGACGACAACAUGGGACCCUACGCACAUCUAGCGGUUGCUUUUGAGGGAGUUUCAUGGACGAAUCCGGACUCUGUAUGCUUUAUGCUCAUGCAAAGCAUCAUAGGUAGCUACAAGAAAAACCAAGAGGGUAUUGUACCAGGCAAGGUCUCGGGAAACAAAACCAUCCAUGCUGUGGCUAACAGAAUGACUGUAGGAUGUGCAGAGGCCUUCAGUGCAUUCAACACCUGCUACAAGGAUACCGGUUUAUUCGGAUUCUAUGCCCACUGUGAUGAAGUUGCGGUAGACCACUGUGUCGGGGAACUCAUGUUCGGCAUCACCGCAAUGUCAUACAGCAUCACGGACGAAGAAGUAGAACGUGCGAAGCGUCAGCUCAUGUUGCAAUUCCUCUCAAUGAACGACUCCACAUCAACCGUUGCCGAGGAGGUCGCACGCCAAAUCAUCGUAUAUGGAAGACGCAUGCCAAUCGCGGAAUUCCUCAUAAGACUCGAAAAAAUAGACGCUGAGGAAGUAAAACGUAUUGCUUGGAACUACUUGCAUGACCAAGAGGUGGCCGUAACAGCUAUGGGACCCCUGCACGGCAUGCCAUCACUCGUAGAUAUCAGACAGAAGACUUACUGGCUGAGAUAUUAG